AGUCGAUCGGCGAUAAACAAUGAUAAAUACAUGUAAUAUAUACAUUUUAUUAUCGAUGAAUAUCUAAAGAUACCGUGCAGUGCAUGUGAGGGAUACUUAUUUGAUUUUUUUUAUCCGCGAUAAACAUUUCAAAUAUAAUAUAUAACAGCUUCGAUUUGAGUUUUGAGUUUACUGCAUGUCCUUUCGGGCUUGCCGUAGGUUAAUGAUCUUGCGCGAGGUGCCCGUCGGUCAAAGUUUAGUUAAACUGGUGCUGACAGCUUCCGAGCGGCUGAAACCUUCACGUUUCUCCACGAUGACAGCACGAAAUAUGACUCGGUUCUGGGAAUGGGGGAGGAAGAUAAUCUGUGUCGGGAGAAACUAUGCGGACCACGCCAAAGAGCUGAACAACGCGAUCCCCACAGAGCCGAUCCUGUUCCUGAAGCCCCCCUCUGCAUACGUGAGAGAGGGGUCCCCCGUCCUGGUGCCCCGGUACUCCAGCAGCCUGCACCACGAAGUGGAGUUAGGGGUGGUCAUCGGGAAAGGGGGCACGGCCAUACCACAGGCCGCCGCUAUGGAGCACGUGGCUGGCUACGCGCUGUGCUUGGACAUGACGGCCCGGGACGUCCAGGACGUGUGCAAGGCAAAGGGUCUCCCCUGGACCCGGGCCAAGGCUUUCAACACCUCCUGCCCGGUCAGCGACUUCAUCCCCAAAGAGCGCAUCCCCGACCCGGGCAACGUGAAGCUGUGGCUGAAGGUGAACGACCAGCUGCGGCAGAGCGGCUGCACCUCCCAGAUGAUUUUCUCCAUCCCCUAUCUCAUCAGCUACAUCAGCGAGUUCAUCACCCUGGAGGAGGGGGAUCUCAUCCUCACGGGGACCCCGAAAGGAGUCUCCGCCGUGCAGGAGCGCGAUGAGCUGCAGGCUGGGAUCGAGGACGUGGUCACCAUGAGCUUCAGGGUGGACCGAAAGGAGUGAAAACCAAAGACAGAAGCACUCCGACCCCUGAAGACAUCGUGUUGACUUCAUCGUGUGUAAUAUAUUUACCAAAUGUCGGCCAGCAGGUGGCGGCCUCGAGCCAUCAACACCAUAUUUCUGACGCUGCCCUGUAACAUGUAUGAGAACAGCAACACACCCGAGUUUGGUGCUUGAUUGAUCUGAUGAGUGAACUUGUGAUGUGUUGGUUGUGUUAUCUACUUAAACCACGGAUGUAAACAUAAUGCAUCUCCCUUUGUCUCCAAUGGGAAGAAGUAUUCAGAACCUUUAUUCAAGUUAAAGAUGCAAUAAUAUGUUGGACACAUAUAUGAAAAUGCAAGUUGAAUUAUUGAUGUUUUGCUGUAUCAGAAUGGCCACUGUCGGUGUUUUAUUAUGAUAUGUAACAUUAUUAGAUUUUUACUAUUAAUGCAUUAAAGUGUAAGAAUCAUUAUGAA